UCCAAUCUUAUUCCUUAUGGCCAGCGUCAAAAGUGUGCCUAUUGUUGUCCUUCCGGACCUCUUUUGUCUUUAAUGCAGAGUUAAUACUGCUGAAACAUGAACACCUGCGUCAUUCAGAUCACCAACGUUGCUCCAGGAGCAACGCUGGAACAGAUGUCUACGCUGUUCGGUUUCUUGGGCAAAAUAAUGGACAUCAAGUUGUACCCCGCCGAUGAUCUGAUGCUCCACCCCGUCGCAAAAGUAUGCUUCGUCAAGUACGAAGAAUCAUGGAGCGUAGGGGUGGCACAGCACUUGACUAAUACCGUGUUCAUUGACCGAGCACUGAUCGUGGUGCCUGUAGCAGAUGGCAAGAUCCCGGACGAGAGCCGUGCUCUUACCAUGACGGCGCCCAUCUCGGCCGCGACUCCACCGGAUUUGGAGAGUACACCGUCGUCUGGGAUUAUAAACCAGGUGGCCAUGGGUGCUGGCGGAAUUCAGGUGAUCCAGACGACAGAUCCACAGUUAACGCUUCUGGGACUUCCCCCUUAUCCUCCACUACCUGCCAACAUGGAUCCCGCCAAGAUAGAAGAGAUCAGGCGAACCGUGUACGUUGGAAAUUUAGACUCCACAGUGACGAGCGAGCAACUCCUGAAGUUCUUCAGCCAGAUGGGCGAAGUGAAGUAUGUGCGAAUGGCCGGUGGUGACAACCAGCCGACACGAUUCGCAUUUGUCGAGUUCUCGGAUCAGGCGACUGUCAGUCGAGCCCUUCAGUUUAAUGGAGUGGAACUGGCUGGCAGAGCCAUCAAGAUUAACCACUCGAACAAUGCCAUAGUUAAGCCUCAGGCUAAGAGCUCCGAGGCAGCGCAGAAGGAAAUUGACGAAGCUAUGAAGAGAGUCAAAGAGGCACAAUCCCUCAUAACAGCGGCAAUUGAACCAGAGAUUGAGAAGAGUUCACGCUCUUCCUCUCGCAAACGCAGCCGGAGCAGUAGGAAGAGCAGAAGUCGAAGUCGUAGACGAAGCAGGAGCCGUAGGCGAAGUAGGAGCCGAAGACGGAGCAGGUCCAGGCGGAGAAGUAGAAGCAGACACAGGAGUCGAACUCCAGUGAGGCGCAGAAAGAAGUCGAGAUCAAGGUCGAGGUCUCGGCGGCCUUCACCACACGUUCGCAAGAGGAGCCUGAGUCGCAAGCGCAGCCUGAGUCGUAAGAGAAGUCUUAGCCGUAAGCGGAGCCUAAGCCGCAAACGGAGCCUGAGCCGUAAAAGGAGUUUGAGCCGUAAGAGAAGCCUGAGUCGCAAGAGGAGCCUGAGCCGUAAGCGGAGCUUGAGCCGAAAGAGAAGCCUAAGUCGUAAGAGGAGUCUGAGCCGCAAGCGUAGUUUAAGCCGCAAAAGGAGCACAAGUCGUUCCAGGAAAUCACGGUCUAGGUCUCGAGGGAAGUUGGACAUCAAGAAGAAAAAGAAAAAGGAAUCAUCCAGGAGGAGAGGGUCGGAUGACGACGAUCCGCUGCCCGAAAGAAAGGAAAGCAGAUCCAAGGAAGGAAGCUCCAAGAAAUCCUUCUCUCCCCGUAAGAGAAGUAAGCGGAGUCCAUCACGGGAGAGGCAGUUCUCCCUCUCGCCCAGACGUCGAUCCCCUUCCCCAUUGCGAAAGAAGCACAAACGGCGAAAGUCACGAAGCCCGCGGCGCUCGCGUUCGCCCUCCACCAAGGGUAGCAAGUAUCGCAGCAAGGUCAAGGAAGAAAAGGCGCCGGUUGUCAGGGAUUACGACGAAGAAGAGAAGGGCUACGAACCGGAAGUGGCUCCACCGGUACUGGAGGAAGACAGCAGCCAGCAGAGCGCAAAGUCUGGAGACAUGGACCUCGCCAGUGACUGAGCGAUUAAAUAAAAUGUUUCCCAUGACGAAUGACGGA